UCUACCGAGGUGAAACUCAACAAACGUGGACGACUACAGGUGAAGGAUCCACAAUUUAAAGUGCCAACGGCGCAUGAUUUGGUUUAUCUGGACGAGAGUCCCGAUUGGUGUCGCAACAGUCGACAGCUGCAGUGGCCAGGCACUCACGGCCGCAUCUGCAAUAAGACAUCCUCCGGUCUGGAUGGUUGCGGCAUUUUAUGUUGCGGUCGAGGCUACAACACCAAAAACAUUGUGGUACGCGAGCGAUGUAAUUGCAAAUUUCACUGGUGCUGCCAGGUCAAAUGUGAUGUCUGUGUGAAGGUGCUCGAAGAACACACCUGUAAAUAAGUACAUAAAUAAUUACGAAAAAAAGAAGAGAUUAUUACAUAAUAUCAAAAAAUAAUUAAUGGAUGAAAUGCAACUACUCAACAACACAUGGCGGUGACAAGAAAGCGAUAAAAACAUGCGGCGAUAAGAAAAAUAUUUAGUAGGGGGAAAAAGCAAA